UUUAUUCACGAGCCUUGAUCGACGUGUUUCAGUCAGCAGGAAUGUUUCGUGAGCUCAUCAUUUGUUAGAAUAGUUCUGCAGGUUUCUGUGUUUGAUGCAGGGUUGGUUAUUCUCAAGUGCACAUAUUUAUGGAGAAGAGACAGAAACUAGAAUUCCAGAGACUGAGGAGCUAAAAGCCUACGUUAUUCUUUAUUGGAAGUGAAAAAUUAUUUUUAAGUGAAAAUAACAUACAUCAUAUUUUUCCAUAGAUACUUAUUAUCAAAAUGUUCCAUUACCAAACACGGAAUCAUCGACUCAGCUGGAUUCUAGAAAUCUUUCUUCUUUAUCUUGCCUUGGUCUCAUCCCACGAAUCUGUGCCCUCGAAUUAUCAGGAUACACCAGAUGCAUCGACAUUAAAAAUAGAGGCCAGAGAAUCCGAGGCAUCAAUAACUCUAGGAAAGGAUCUGGUUCUCGGUCCCCCUUUGUCGACCAAAGCAUCGAUCGUCGCCGAUUCCAACGAUAUCACUUCUACAAAAAUUGCUCCUCUCGUAUCUUCCACGAUCGUCAACCGACACUCGUCUUUCGGAGAGCAUGCCAUUUCCCGAAAACCCGUCUCGAAGGAUACGGAUCCUCGUGAUUCUUACGUCGAUAGUCGUAAGUCUUGGGUCAGCAAGAAUCCGAAGAUUGCUUGGAAAAGGGAUAGUUAUCUUCAGGCACUGAUGCAUUCUCAUAACAGCGAGGAUUCGCGAGAAGGAAUCGUGCAAACGGACUCAAAGACAAAGGCAAACAGGAGGGAGUACGUGCAGGGGUCCGUUUACAAGCCGCAAGUAGAAUACGGUUCGCCCGAUUCGACAUACGCAUCGAAGAGCCCGCGAAUCAUCUACGGCGAGUCCAACACUCCCUCAUCCGGCAAUCCUUAUUCUCAACUUCAACCCUUCAGGCCGUCGAUGGACUACAAUGAUCGGUAUAACGUACCGCAGAAUGCUUAUGGCCCGCCACAGAAUUCGUAUGAACCGCCGAAAGAUAGUCCUUCCUUUUAUCCUCAGACUUCUUCGUAUGGACCACCUGGAAACUAUCUAUCUCCUCAACAAGGAUACGGUCCUUCUAUACAUACUUCCGUUCCAACUCCCAUUUACGGUGCGCCCUAUUCGCUUCCGGAAGUGACGCAUUUUUCUCUUCUGCCCAGUAUCAAUCUAGGAUUGCCGCUCGCUCUCAAACUAAACGCAUUCACCAUCGCGAAAAUCAUAUUGAAGUUGGUGAUCUUUAAGAUGAUUGUAAAAUUCAUCGCGGUAAUCUGCUUGUUACUUUUCAUACCUAAACUUGAGAUCAUCAAGAAGAAGGUUUCUGGUAAUAACGACGAAGAAGACGACGAGGAACGAAAUUUCUCAUCGCCUCAUCCUAGUUUGAAAACAUUAAACGCUCUCGAAGAUACAGUAAAAAGCUCCGUUGAGAAAUACGAAGCGCUAAACAGGGCUCGUUCAAAUUCGACGGAGAAAUGCACGACGCUUCCGUGCCGUAUCGCCGAGGCAUUUACGUUCCAUGAAUCUUGGCACGAUUACUUAAAUUUAUCUUAAUUAUUAAUUACUUAAUUACUUAAAUUAAGUGGGUAUAAUUUAUGACAUAAAACUUUCUUUUAAGAGAUUUUACUUCUUUUCUAUUUUUCGCAUUUAAACUUUGGUAAGAGAAUUAAAAAUCCUAUCAGAGGAGAUGCUUGUUGAACGAUGUACUUGAGAAUUUACAUUAUGCACUGCAGCACAUGUUUUAUUAUUUACAACAUCUGUCUCAGGAAACUGACAAGAAAUAUUUUGUUAGUCAUCACAUUGUGUAUAUGUUAAAUAUAUUGAAUAUAUAUACAUAUUAUAUUAUUUCUUACAUUAACAUGUGGGAAAGCAUUACAUCUCUCUUAGGCAACUGAUAAGAAAUAUUUGGUCAUAUCACAUUAUGUAUAUGUUAAACAUUAUUGAAUAUAUGUAUAUAUUAAA